AUGGAUGGUCUUUAUUUGCCCGAUGGGCGUCAGCUCGCAUUAAUUGAUCGUGAUUGGAUUCUUGACGAAUUACCACAUUUAGGAAAUCCGGACGAUAAUUCUGACGCUAAUUACUUACUUGCAUCAGCAGCAGCAGCUACUAGUGGUACAGGUGUUACAACAGGUAGUUCAACAGGUCGAGGUACAACUGGUAUUGGAACUGGUAGUGGACCAUCACACGGUGUACCUAAUCAUACAGGUGGAGGAUCUGUUGGUACAGAUAGUACAGGAGCAAAUCAUCAAGGUACAGGUGCUAAUCAUAAUCACAGUUUAUUGUAUAAUCCAGACGAAUUUGAAGGUGAUUUAACAUUACUUUCGGAAAUUGUUGACGAAACACAAAAUAAGUGGUCGGAUUUUGGACUUAAUCAAUUACUUACACCAUACGCACGUUCGAUUCGACCGGCGUUUAAAUAG